AUGAGCGAGCAACGAGUUUCACAACCCAAAACUCCGGUAAGCAAUGAGGAGAAGUGGGAUCAUAGUUUGGAGAAUUUUUUUCGCAAGACAACACUAGGACUCGCCUACAGCAUCUUGCCUGCAUUUCUGCUGGCUCGGUCUGCAGCUGCCCGCGGAGCCAUUCUCAUGUUCGCCACCGGUAUCGGCUCAGGUAUUGCUUAUGGUGAGGCGCGCUAUCUUUUUGACCACGAUGUUGUGUUUGACAGAAGACAUUUAGUACAUAUCGAGCUACUGAAACCCAAGGAGUCGAAAAUCAAUUAA